UUUGGGGGCAGUGCGCUACCGAGCCGGUUCCCGCGGAUCCGCCAUGGCUCAACCGGCUUCGGUAACCGUGACAUUUGAUGAUGUUGCCUUAUAUUUUACGGAGCAAGAGUGGGACAUCCUGGAGAAAUGGCAGAAGGAAAUGUAUAAGCAAGUGAUGAAGACCAAUUAUGAGACCCUUGAUUCCCUGGGCUGUGUUUUUUAUAAGCCAAAUUUGAUCACGUGGAUGGAACAAGGGAGAAUGCUAUUAAUCAGAGCUCAGGAAUGCCUCGAGAAAAGACUGACAAUUAGCUCUUCUGAUGAACAGUUGGACUUGAAUAACACUGGAAAGGCACUGUGUUGUGGUCACCAAGGAACUUUGGGGACAAAAGAAAAGGAAUCCCAUUUAAAUGGUCUUCAAAAGAAUGACUUGAGUGCUACCUUAUUAGAGAAGAAUAGAGAGAUUUCAUCAGAGCAAAGACCUACCUUCCACUCUCCAAGUCUCCAAGAAACAGAGACUCUACACAAGAAACUCAAUGUCACAGCUUCUAACCAGGAAAAGAAAGAGCAGUGUUAUAAGCUUCCAGAUACAUUAGGUCAUUUGGAAAUUCCAGCAGAGUCAAGAUUGUAUUCCUGGUAUGUCUGUGAGAAAGUCUUCCCAGUGAAGAGUGACUUGGUAAACCACAAGAACAAAUCCAGAGGGAAAUCUGAACUCAAGUGGAGCCAGAAAUUCCUUUAUAAGAAGCAGCGCUUCCAGUGCAAUGAAUGUGAGAAGAGCUACAGUCUAAAGGACAGCCUAGUUGCUCACCAGGUCGUCCACACAGGACAGCGGCCCUACCCCUGCCCUGAAUGUGACAAGACCUUCCGGUAUAGAGGAAACUUAAAGAGGCAUCUGUAUUUGCACAAAGGAGAAAGGCCAUUUUGCUGUAAGGAGUGUGGCAAGGCUUUCUUCGUGCGGUGGGAGCUCACUGAGCACCUCCGGCUGCACAGUGGGGAAAAGCCUUUCCAGUGUCCACUGUGUGACAGGAGCUUCCGCCUGAAGAGAAGGAUGAAGUUCCAUCUUUUCCAGCACAGUGAGAAGAAGCCCUUCCACUAUCCAGAGUGUGACAGAAACUUUUCUCGGCAGGCUACUUUGAAGACCCACCAAAGGACACGUAGUGAAGAGAAGCCAUUUUCUUGUGGUGAUUGUGGCAGGAAAUUCAUCUACAAGGUGGAACUCAGUGAGCAUAUCAGAGUUCAUACAGGAGAGAAGCCCUUUUCAUGUCCCGAGUGUAAUAAAAGUUUCCGCCUAAAGAGAAGCCUAAAAGCCCAUCGAUUGCAGCACAGUGGACAGAAGCCCUUCCAAUGUCCAGAGUGUAAGAAGAGCUUCUUCUGGAGGCAUGCCAUGAAGACCCACCAGCGUCUGCAUAGUGAGAAGCCAUUCUCCUGUGAGGAGUGUGGCAAGAGGUUCACGGAACCCUCUAAGCUCGCCUGCCAUGCCAGAGUUCACAAUGGUCAGAGGGAAUUCCCCUGUAGAGAGUGCAAAAAGGCCUUUUCUCGGCAGUCGGCCCUCACACAGCACCUCAAGAUCCACAGCACAGAAAAGCCAUUCUCCUGUGCUGAGUGCAGCCGGAGCUUCCGCCGACGCUCACAUCUCACUGAGCAUAUGUGGCUUCACACUGGAGAGAGGCCCUUCUGGUGUACUGAGUGUGACAAGGGCUUCCGACAAAAGAGAAGUUUGAAGGCCCAUCUAUCCCAUCAUUGUGAGGAGAGGCCUUUUUCUUGUGAUGAGUGUGGACGGAGAUUCACAUACGUGGGGGCACUUAAGACCCACAUUGCAUUGCAUGCCAAGGAAAAGCCAUCUAGUCUCUAGGUCAAGCCACACAGCAGUC